GGUCCAACAGCUGGGACAGGCAUCCAGGCAGAGGCCUGCUGCGAGCGAGCUAGGUAGGCAUUGGUAGUAGAGCGAGAGCAUCACAUGCCCCAGAUGCCCAGUUCCCUGGCGAGCGGGCGGCGAGCGGGCGAAGGCGCCCAGUUAGCCCGCUCGCUGCAGGUGUAGGGCUCUGGAUUUCAGGGGUGUCCAUUCGCGUCCCCAGCGAUCAGACCGUAUAUUGUCACGCGCCAAGCCUCGGAGCGUCUGCCAGCUCGGCAAUCUUUUCCCUCCCGCCACCGCUGCGGGACUGGUGGCCUACCUGCCCCUGCCGCUCUCCCGACUCCGCCCGGAAAUCGGCUGGAGCCGAGCCGCUGCCGAUAGUCUUCCCAGCGAGAGAAUAGUGUAUCUUUCCUUGUCGCUCUCGAAGCAUUUCCGUAAGGUGCGAGAGGGUACCCUAUUCUUUCGCUGGGACGACCAGAACGCUCGCCGGAAGAACGGUUCGUUGGUCAGUUUGUGAGAAAGGUCCAGCAAGGAAUCACCUGUUCGUUUGCUGCCCUGUCGCCUCUACACACCAUGUGCUCGCCUACCAUCAACAGCCCUGCGGGUGAGUCAAAUUCUCCGUCCUCGCUAGCCAAGGUCAAGUUUCGGUUUUAUGCAUCGAUUAUACCAAUAUUUCUCUUCCUUUAGGGCUUUUUGUACUUGGCGACAAGAAAUUUAGAAUGGGCUACGCGCUCAUCUGAAGGCCGCCCCAAAUGCCUUGAUGCAACUUUGUGGCAAUCCAGCAUAGUGACGUAAGUCCACUUACGUCACAAACUGAGUUAUUGUGUACAGAAAUAUCUACUCAUCAAUGCGCAUCUUUGGGUGAAGUCAAAACUUAAUUCUAUAAAUUAGGCAAGGAGUUAUGAGCAAAGAAAAUGUGUUGCAAGUCAGAAAGUUGGCUUUGCAUUCAAUAACAAUGUCGUAAGUGUAGCACUUGUUUUAUCACGUUUUCUGUAUUUAUAGUUUUUCACUGUAUUGUUAAACAAAACCAAAAAAAAACUAGUAUUUUGUUUUGCCUUUCAGACAUUAAUUAAUGUCCUUGACUUUAAUAUCCCGGCAAUUUUUUUUUAACAGUAUGUUGUGGAUGUUCUGCUCAGAUGUAAGACGUCUGUGCGCGGGGUAUCGUCACCCAAAGAUACCGCGGCGACGGCGAUACUCUUUGCCGUUACCCAUGUAAAGGGGCUAUGUACAGUCACUUGACUAUAUGCAGUAUCCAGCCUAUCCACCCGACGGGUUCUUCUUUAAUAGAAAGGCUGUCAGCUGUGAGCACAGUGUUGAAAUGGCUAAUUUUGUGGGGUCUGGUUGCUGUACUGACUGCAGAAGAAAGAAAUUAAAAGAAAAGCAUUAUUUCUAAAGUUUUAUUUUCAAAGGUUUCUAUUUACUUUGUUAAAGCUGCAUAUCUCCUCCAUUAUUUGUGUAAAGCUUUAGGUUAGGGUUAGGGUACUGUGUGUUUGUUAACACCAAACAUUUUCAUUUAUCAUCUGUAACUCUUCUCCAGUAAUUAUUAUUUGUAUUAACCAUAUGAAUUUCUUUCCUCUUUUCUGCAGGUGAAGUAUUAUUGUUAUGUCACCAUGUUUGGACCUCAAAAUGUAUCUACUAGAUCCAAAGUGAUGUUUUUAAGAGUCCAACAACAAAAUAUAAUUCCAAAUUCCUUGAAUGGUACUGGAGAGAGUGCUGACGAAGGGAGAAGCGAUGAUGAGGAACAGGCCAGAGACAGUAGUAAGAACGAGAAGAAUGUCACUGAUGGGAGGAAAGACGAGAAGGAUGGGAAGAAUGUCACUGGGAUGAGGAAAGACAAGGACAUUGCUAAAGAAACAAAGAAGAUCAGGAAGACUGUCACUGGCAAGAGGAAAGAGAACAGUGUGAAAGAAAGAAAGAAGGAUAACGGGAAGGUCAUUGAAGAGAGGAGAGACAUGGAGAAAACAUCCAAAGAAAGCAAGCUGAGUGAAAAGAAUUUGAAAGAAGUCAAGGACCAGCAGGGGGAGAAGACAGUGAAAAAUGCCAAUCCAAUAAAGGGAGUCAAAGAAGUCACAGAGAUAGAACAUGAUGCUUUGUCCUUUACAGGAUCAGAAGUAAACGUUCUUAGUCCAAACUUUGUGAAAGAAGUGCGUGAUUCUGUCUCCCUGUCAGUUGAUAAGAAAGUCAGAUCUUGGUUGGAAACCUUUGAAGGUCCUUCACCCUCACAAGCUACAGUACUAGAUAAGGAAAACAUUCUAUCUUCCCCCAAGAAAUUAAAAAAGGAUGUAUGUGAUAACAGACAUGGAAUGAAGUCACUCAAAUCUGGUAGACAUAAGUCUAGAGGUAGCAAACCUAGAAAUAUAUUACACCAGUCUCUCAAUAUUUCUCCACAACAAAAGUCAGCAGUUGGCUUGAACACCAAAAGCAGCACUGCAAUCCCACCAACUAUUGAAAGUGAGGCUGAUAGAUGCUCUUCAGAUACAACUAAUAAUAAACUGAGUGUACCUUCAGCAAACACAACAGAGCUGUCAUCACAACAAGAUGUUUCCACUAAGGAGAGAGUUCAAACUGAUUCCAAGCCCGUAACCAGCAUUGUCACAGCUAGAAAACGUUUGGGUAACACUUCCUUGUUGUUGCCGAGUAAACAGCAACCAGUUCUCAGACGUACUAGAAACAAAGUCUUUUCAAGUGAACUGGCAAACGUUUCACGGUCAGACCCAAAGACUCAAGGCAUCAAAAGUCUUAAAACUAACUGAAGUUGUGGCACUCAACUAUUGCCCACUCCUAAAUCUACUGAUAUAGACUUCAAUAGUUCCCCUCCCAAAAGCACAUCACAGUCAGAUGUUUUAAAUGAAGAGAGCGAAGGUUGUUCAAGGACGAGGUUGUUCAUUGUCAAAAGAAAAACAAGUUUGGAUAAUACCACUCUGUUGC